ACAACCUACCAGUGGUUGAAGAGAGAGUUUUUAACUUUCAAUAAUAACAGUAACAACAGAGAAAGAAAGAGAGAGAAAGUUAAGAUUUUGAAGUGUGAAGUGAGAGAGAUGGAUACUGCAAUGCUAUGAAGAUGGGAUCUCAGCCUCACCCUCAUCACCACUCUCUUUGAUUCUGCGAAAUCUUCAAUCUUUUCAAUCCUUCAUCUUCCAUCUUCCAUCUUUCAGUAUUGCUUUGAGUACCGCUUCAAGGAACUAGUACUGUUUCUCAAUAGCGCCUCUUUUGCGCUGCUUUGAAAAAGUCUGAUGGGUUCAAGAUUCCCAUCUCAUCAGCUCAGUAAUGGCCUGUAUGUAUCAGGCCGGCCUGAACAGCCAAAAGAAAAGCCUCCGACAAUGAGCUCAGUUGCAAUGCCUUAUACUGGUGGUGACAUCAAGAAGUCAGGAGAAUUAGGGAAAAUGUUUGAUAUCCCCAUGGAUGGUUCUAAAUCUAGAAAGUCUGGUCCAAUAAAUAAUGCUCCUUCGAGGACAGGAUCAUUUGCAGGUGCUUCACACUCUGGACCUAUAAUGCAAAACGCUGCAGCUCGUUCUGUUUAUAUUACAUCUGGUAAUGUAUCUGCUGGAGGGAUGUCUGCUUCAGCCUCAAUGAAAAAGACCAACUCGGGUCCAUUGAACAAACAUGGGGAACCAGUCAAGAAGUCUUCUGGCCCCCAAUCUGGUGGAGUUACACGCCAAAACUCUGGUCCAAUUCCUCCAGUUCUUCCUACAACUGGUCUUAUCACAUCUGGCCCAUUAAAUUCAUCUGGGGCUCCGAGGAAAGUGUCUGGUCCAUUAGAUUCUACAGGAUCAAUGAAAUCACAUACUUCUUUUGCAGCACACAAUCCUGCUGUAACCACUCUCAGUCUAGAUGACGAAUUUUCCUUCAGGAGGAACUUCCCAAAGCCAAUAUUGUGGUCCGUGAUUCUGAUUUUUGUAAUGGGAUUCAUUGCUGGUGGUUUUAUUCUUGGAGCUGUUCGCAAUGCCAUUCUCCUCAUUGUUGUCGUAGUUCUUUUUGCUGCGGUUGCUGCACUAUUCACUUGGAAUAGUUGUUUUGGAAGGAAAGCCAUUGUUGGUUUCAUUUCCCGUUAUCCUGAUGCAGAGCUUAGAACUGCCAAGAAUGGGCAAUUUGUGAAGGUUUCUGGGGUGGUUACCUGCGGUAAUGUUCCUCUAGAGUCCUCCUUUCAAAAAGUUCCUAGAUGUGUUUAUACAUCCACAAGCUUGUAUGAAUACAGAGGAUGGGAUUCCAAAGCAGCAAACCCAAAACAUCGUCGCUUUACAUGGGGACUUCGAUCAGCUGAGGUAAUUGCAUUAAUCUGUUCAGUCUUCAGAUUGCCAAAAUUUCAAAUUUGAUAAAAUAUUCAGGAUUUCUUGAUAUACAUUUACCAUGGAAGUGAGUUAGAUGGUGUGUUUUCCAAUUGAAUAUACAGGAACUGUUGAGAGAGAAACAGAGUCAUUUACUGAACUCUGUUGAUUGUAGAAUCACAACAAAAA